CUUCCGGGCGGGCUGUUGGCACGGGAGCGGCCGUUGGCUGGGGGCUUCAGCGGGUCUUGGUGGCCGAGCGGAGACGCGAGGGGUGCGAGCAUGGCCGAAGGGGACACCUUGAUCUCGGUGGAUUAUGAGAUUUUCGGGAAGGUGCAGGGGGUGUUUUUCCGCAAGUACACUCAGGCUGAAGGUAAAAAGCUGGGAUUGGUAGGCUGGGUCCAGAAUACUGACCAGGGCACGGUGCAAGGACAGUUGCAAGGUCCCAUCUCCAAGGUGCGUCAUAUGCAGGAAUGGCUACGGACAAAAGGAAGUCCCAAAUCGCACAUUGACAGAGCAAACUUCAGCAAUGAGAAAGUCAUCUUAAACAUGGAUUACUCAGACUUCCAAAUUGUAAAAUAAUGGCCUGAAUUUAAAUUUUCUAGGAUUAAACUCAGUGGUUUGGUUUUUGUUAAUAGAGACAGAACUAUUGUGUGUUCAAUAUUAGCGUUUGUUAGUAAGUUAUUUUAGUAUCAGAUAUUUGAAUGUUACUAUAUAUUAUGUAUAUGAUGAAAGGAUUACAGCUGUACACAAUUUUAUUUAAUAAAAACACAAUGGAACCUUCUGCUUAGA